AUUCAAGUGAAAGUGAAACUGUGAGUGAUUCAAUCAACAAUAAACAAACAAAUUCAAACCGAGUUGGCUUUGAUUCUUGAGUGUAUGGAAGUAUCGUUAUUGUUUCAGCAGCAUGGUGGGCAAAGGGGCAGGCCCAACAUCAAGGAGGUAUGGGUAUAGGAGGUUGAAUCCUGGCUACCAGCAUGUGUGCUGUAACCAACUGUUCUCUAGGAUUGAAUUAAAAGCUCACAAAGAGGAGCAUCAUCGUGAAGGAUUUAUUUGUCCUACUUGUAACAAAAAUUUUGAAUUCCGCCUUGGUUUUUUACGACAUAAACAAAUCCACGAAAGAAAGUAUCAGUGUGAACAGUGUGGGUUUUCGACCCAGAAUAAAAUUAAACUUAAACGUCACAAAAAAAGUAAGCAUCCCAAAAUUCACAAAUGCGGUCAUUGCCCCUACCAAACCAAGAGCGAUUACAAAAUAAAGAGACACCAGCAGAAGCAUCGUAAAAAACAAAGCAAAUCAUGGACGGACUGGCAAACGGAGCAGAUAUUGAAAAAGGUGAUGGAAGAAAAAGGUAUACCGGACGAGUGAAUUUUAUUUAUUUGUAAACAUGUGUGUCCUUCAUCCAAAUUAUCCAAAUUAAAACUAUAAAAUGAUGUAUAAAAUACAAAUAUCUAAACUUG